ACAGCGCCAUAAUUGAACUCUGUUUAACUUGUUCAACCUCGGUAAUAAUUUGCCAACCGACUUAAGAGAUCGUCAACGUGCUACUUACCGCUUAACUCAGCUCACCUGUGAGGACGAAUUAAUCUUCGCUGUUUUUAUGGCGUUCGACGCCGAACGCUAAGGCGGCUAGCUAACGUUAGCGGGUGUUGUCACUGCCAUCUGCCGAAGUCAACAAUCGCUUCACCGGCCACCGACAUGAGCUUCCCAGUGAACUUCCAGGCGUUGCCCGCUGGAGUGUUCGAAGAGGUUUUUAAUCCAGAGAAUGUGAGAGCAAGAAAUACUGGAAAUACUCAAACCACGCUGAGUUUCCCCAAAUCCAGAACAGCCCUGUGGGAUGGCAGCCCGACCGGUGACACGCUUCACCUCCAGCUCUGCUCACAACGGAAUCCUCGUGUGUUGCUGCUGGAGAAAGCUCUGCGUCUUGCCCAGCUGCACGCUCGCCAUGGCAACAAGCCUCGUAUCCACUGCUUUUUUCUGGGCUCUGUGUCUGUGGACUCUGAUGAGGAUGGUGUCACUGUGACUCUGGACCGGUUUGAUCCUGGCCGAGAGCAGUCAGGAGGCACUGGCCGUGUUCCAUCCGCCCUGCUGCCUGGAGAUGUCCUGGUUCCCUGCAUGUUCUCCUCCAUGUGUGAGGGCAUGUCGGACACAGUGGUCCAGUCUGAGGCAGACCUUCAUCUCUGCUUCAAGGGGCUGCAACAGCACGUGAGCAGCAGACAGACACUGGAUCUGUCUCAACUGCUUAAGGUCAAAGGUCACGUGCUAUGCAGGCCGCAGUUGGACGCGGCAGUCUUCACGCUCACCUGGUCAGCAGUCAGUCCGGCUGCUGGCAUUGAUGUUCAGUCCGUGCGACCCGUUCCAAUCAUUCCCACUGCACUGGUCAGGAGUCUGACGAGUCUGGGGAGACCCCCGCCCCACUCUGUCAAUCACCAGAGAGGGUUUCUGACAAUGGAUCAGACCCGGAAGCUUCUGCUGCUGCUGGAGUCGGAUCCCAAAGUGUCCAACCUGCCCUUGGUGGGACUCUGGAUUAGUGGAGUGACACACGUGCACAACCCUCAGGUGUGGUCCUGGUGCCUCCGCUUUCUCUGUAGCGCCACCCUGCAGGACAGAGUUUUGUCCGAAAGCGGCCACUUCCUGCUUGUCAUCUUUGGGUCGACCCACCGAGCCCCCCAAUUCUUCCAGUGCAGAGGACCCAAACCUGGAGCUGCACAGCUGGACUACCAGCUGCUGAGCGCCUCUCAAUCGUUCACCCUCUACCAGGUGGCGCCAGUGGACGGUCAGACUUUGCAGUGCGUGUUGGCACCGGAGCUCCAGAGCAGACAGAUGCAAGUGUUCAGGGAGGCACACAGAUCCUUUAAGAGCGCUGCUCAGCCAGGCACCACGUCCUCCAUCAACGAUCAGGACUCGGGAGUUGAAGACGAAGACCUGUCUCCUCGCCCGUCACCGAGUCCCCACCUUCCUGCUCAACAGACCCGCAGAGUUCAACCUUCUGUCCCGGAGCUCUCCCUGCUGGUCGAUGGCUCCUUCACUUCGUCUAAUCACAGCGCACGGCGAGAAUCUGCCUCUGGCCACAAGCAUCAUGCUCCUCCUCAAGACAAACGAUCUGCUCCUCCACCUCAGUCCAGGGCUCCCAAACCUCCUCGCCGCUUGCACAGCACUCCCAACGCUGACGGCCCACAGCCCUGCUCCUGCUGCACCUCCUCUCCCCCACACAACUGCACCGCCAUCCUCCCCCCUGAGGCUCCAGUCAUCUCCCCUGCACCCUCUCUUCAUCUCACCCCUGCACCAUCUCAGCAGCUGGCGCCUCCAACCUCAGCCCACCAACCUGCUUGUCAUCUCCCUCCUCCUUCUGUCCAUCCCUCCCCUCUUCCUUGUUUCCCUGCUUCCGACACUCGCAGUACUCCGCCAUCAAAUCGCCACUCUGCUCCUCUUUUCCCUCAUAAAUCCUCUCCUCCGACUCUGCCUCCUCCCUCUACUGUCACCUCAGCCCCGACUUUACACUGGAGUCACCCCUCUCCUGUGCCAUGGUGUGGCGACUCCACUCCCUCGCCUCACCCGGCCUCUCCUCCAUGGCCCUCAGUCUCCUCUCGGCAGCCUCAGACAGUCCCUUCAGAUGUCCAUCAACUGCUUCUGCAGCAGGACCAGCAGCUGCGGCUCCUUCAGGCUCAGGUCCAGAUGCUGCUGGAGGCUCAGAGCAAGCUCCAGUCCUGUCAGAAACAGGCGGACACUCAAACCCAGAGGAGUCUGGUCAGCAUCGCCGUGGGAACAGGUGCCAGCUUGUGCUGGACUGAUCCUGGUCCCCCUCAGGAAGUCCAGAAUCCUCGAGUGGACACCCCCACUCCUCCUUCCACGCCACAACAUCCCGCUGCAUGUUCCUUGUCCAGCUCAGAGCCAGUGUCUACUCCUAGACCUUCUAUGAGCCCGCCUUCCUCUGGUCCCCCCUGCACUCCUCCAGCUCCUUCCACCUCCUCUGGGCCUCACUCCUUCCCCCAGCCAGAGGCAGGAGAUGAGGAUAGUGACAACACAGUCCAGGGGAAUCAUUCUAGCCAUUUCAGUUUUGAAGGGCUACAGAGUCCAGUUCUAGGAGAGAGCGCCAGCAUGUACAAUCCUGAAGUCCAACAACAAAACUUCUACCAAGACCUCAUGACUCAGCUGACCAGUCGGCUGCAGGAGCCCGACAGCCCUCAGAACCAACCGGCUGGUCAGUGGCAGCAGCCUGACAGCAGGGUGGAGGCAGAACCAUUGAGGAGGCGCAGCUUGCCAGUUACAUCCCAUUCGACACGGAGGAAGCAGCAGAAUCAAAAUGAAGAUGACCCUGUGGUCAGCGCCACUCUGCGGCGCCUGCAGCAGCUCGGAGUCAGCGUCGACAAAGAGGAUGUUUUGGAUUGUGACAGAAAAAUCCAGAAGACUGUAGAGAGCACCAGCACUCUGGCGUGUAUCAACCCAGCCGCGGUUCUCACUAGACUCGGGGUGUCUGAGCCACCCGGUAGCAUCCUGUUUCCCGGACAUAGCGUGGAUCUCAGCCUGGAGGCCAACGCUAUCGCCCUGCGCUACCUGAAUGAUGCUCAGCUCAGUAGACUCUCUUUGGAAGGUCGGGCCUCAGCACCUGCUGCCCCAGCCUCCUCAACCGACUCCCUACUGUCACCCAGCAACAUGUCUAUAGCCACCAGGAAGUACAUGAGGAGGUACGGCCUCAUAGAGGAGGGGGAGGGGGAGGAGGAUAGUGAGGAAGAAGUCCCGGAGACGUCGCAUCGGCAGCCGCUCGGCGAAUCCCACAACGUGAGACGUCUCGUGCAAGGCGAACUUAUCCAGGACCUGGGUCCCAAAAUGCAGCUGCUGAAGGAGGGAGGCCGAUCCAGCAGAGGCAAGGAGAACAGUUCCAACAGGCGGCCUUCUCUAGCGAGGGCGGGUAGCCUGCAGACCGAGGGGUCAGUGGGAAACAUCCUGGACCUGAGUCGCCUCAGACAGUUGCCUAAACUCUUCUGACCACAAAACGGGCUCGCUGGCGUUCAUAGGAGGCCAAAGGAUCUCUGCAACCUCCUCAGCAUCACUGAUUUAUCCAGGAUGAGCAUCUGAAACGAUCACAUUUUACUUCAGAUCACAUUUCAGUUGAGUGUUUUUAUGCAUUUGUUUCAUGUGGUAUGUUUGCACACGUUUUUAUAUU